AUGGACGCGCUGAGGGGUCUGCUCCGCAUCAGCGGCCGCGCCUGGCCCCGCCGCGAUGCGAUUGGCACGGCGGUUGGCCUGGCGCGCCUGCACGCGGAGGUGCAGGCCCAGGGCGAGUGGGGCGCUGGCGUGGAGGAAUUCCGGCAGCAAGUGAGGGACUUCGCGCGGCGCAGCGUGGCUCCCCACGCGGAGGCCGUUGACAGGGCCAAUGCCUUCCCAAGAGACGUCGACCUGUGGAGGGCCAUGGGCGAGUUCGGGCUGCACGGCGUGACGGCCCCCGUCGGCUUGGGAGGCUUGGGGCUCGGCUACGAGCACCAGUGCGUCGCAAUGCAGGAGUUGAGCAGAGCCUCAGGAUCCGUGGCUCUGAGUUACGGCGCCCAUAGCAAUUUGUGUGUGGGACAGCUGGUGCGGUGGUGCAACGACGUUCAGGCCCGAAAGUAUCUCCCCAAAUUAAUAUCAGGCGACCACAUCGGAGCGUUGGCGAUGAGCGAGCCUGGAUCGGGGUCAGAUGUAGUCAGCAUGAGAACAAGGGCAGACAGGGAUGGAGACCACUUCGUCCUCAAUGGCUCAAAGAUGUGGUGCACAAAUGGCACAGUUGCGGACACACUGGUAGUGUACGCCAAGACAGACACAGGGGCCCACUCUCACGGCAUCACCGCCUUCAUAGUCGAGAAGGGAAUGCCGGGCUUCACAACGGCACAGAAGCUCGACAAAUUGGGCAUGAGAGGGAGCGACACCUGCGAGCUCGUCUUCGAAAACUGCAAAGUCCCGCUAGAGAACGUGUUAGGGGAAGUGAAUAAAGGAGUGUACGUCCUCAUGAGCGGACUUGACUACGAGCGGUUGGUGCUGGCCGCCGGCCCUGUUGGCCUCAUGUGGGCGUGCGUGGACAUUGUGGUGCCCUAUGCGCAGCAGAGGGAGCAAUUUGGAAAGAAGAUAGGGGAGUUUCAGCUGAUCCAGGCCAAGCUUGCGGACAUGUACUCGGUCACGCGGGCGUCCCAGGCGUAUGUGCGCCAGGUUGCCCGCGACACCGACGAGAAGGGGCCGGAUAGGAAAGACUGUGCGUCCGUCAUCCUGUACACAGCGGAGCACGCGACCAGAAUGGCGUUGGACGCCAUACAGGUCCUGGGCGGCAACGGUUACAUCAACGAUUACCCCACUGGCAGGAUUCUGCGUGACGCGAAACUUUACGAGAUCGGUGCGGGGACCAGCGAGAUAAGGAGACUCCUCAUCGGCCGCGAACUCUUCAAACACGGCAUCUGA